UUAUUAACGCCACUUCACAUAACUUUGAUUUAUUUUUUUUCAUUUGUUUCUUUUCCUUUCUAAAAUUAUCCGCUUUAUAAUGAUUGAAACUUUCUUUGUCCAAAGAUAAGGAGAGUUUUAAAUAUGUUAAAUAAACAUGGAUAAGAGACGACAACAACGGACAAUAGAGCGCAGGACUGCAGUUUGUGGCGACUCAAGCUCACCGAGCUUUCCUGCCACUUCAUCGGCCAAUCAGCGCCUCGCACUGCCGCGCUCACCGAUCUGGCCUCCCAUUGGCUCCCGCGCCUAGCGCACGGCGCUAUAUAGCGGCCGACUCCCGGCUCCAUGUUUCACCGUGCGUUGACACUGUCCCGCGGCCACACGUUCCGGCACGGCCUUGCGCUCCCGCUUGUUCUACCACCACUCAGACCUGCUCCAGCUCUUCACUCUCUAAAACGGCCCUUCUUAGCAGAGAGUAUAGAAGCUUCUUAGGGCCACCAAGUUUCGAGCACCCUCAGUGGUGACCUCCGACUCUGAACACGCCUAUCCUUCUGAACAUUCUUCCACGGACAUUGUCAUCUUUUGCAGCUUAGCUUACUUCCAUCAUCAUUCCGUUGCCACUGAAAGUCACCGCUUCUUCAAACAAUUGGACACUCCUCAGCAUGGCUACAGGAAGAGAGAACUUCGACGAUACCGAUCCAGCUCUGAAGGCAGCGAACGACAAGAAUCUGGCUCUCCUCGACCAGAUGAAAAUAAUGCGAGAGGAAAUGAAUUUCUACCAGGCAGAACUCGCUAAAAGGCAACCCGCCAUCGCCACCGUUAACACUGGCGAAAAGAAAAACAUCAAGCUACCUCCUUUUAAAUUAGAAAAACCGCAGCUAUGGUUUUCACAGGUAGAAUCCAUUUUUACAGUUUGGAACAUGUCAAACGAGAUGAUGCGAUAUUCUCUCGUAUCAUCUCAAUUGGAGACCCGUGUUGCUAACGAAGUGGAGGACAUUCUUGUAUCACCUCCCGCUGACACGCCAUACUCCAAGCUAAAAGCCGAGCUGAUCCUUCGCCUGUCCAAAUCUAAAACGCACCGCGUUCGACAACUACUCACCGAAGCAGACCUUGGCGAUAGUACACCUUCGCAAUUUUUGCGUAGGCUGACAGCGUUAACUGGCACUACGAAAGUAGAUGAGCAACUCAUGAAAACUCUCUGGCUGCAACGUUUACCUCGCCAGGCGCAAGCUAUCUUGCAGACGCACUCGCAAGAAACAUCAAUCGAUGAACUGGCCAAAAUCGCAGACCGAAUUUUGGAAAUUGUCCCGGCUCCAUCUGUCUGUGCCGCUGCCGCUACCGCACCACCUGAGCCUCAAACAUCCAAACUGGAGAGGAAGCUCUUAGCUUUGACAGAACGACUUGACCAGCUUGAAAUGGGUCAGAAAAAGUUGCAUCGCGACCUGUCUCGCUCACGGUCACGCUCUCGUUCCCGCUCAGAAAACGACCGUCGUAAUGGUGUCUGCUUUUACCAUCACAAGUUUGGCGAUGAAGCACGUGCAUGCCGUUAACCUUGCAGUUACAAACCGAAGUCCACGCCGACAAACUCCACCGGCAACCAGUAGUGGCGGCCGCUGGUUGCUCCACAGAAUCCAACCGCCUCUUUGUCACUGACGCCCGCAGCAAGAAGCGAUUUCUGGUCGACACUGGCUCAGACGUCUCCUGCUACCCCCGGCGGUUCGUGCAGCAAAAUUUACAAGACACUAGAUAUGAACUCACCGCAGCGAAUGAAUCUACGAUCCGAACUUAUGGUCACAUUCCACUCAAUCUGCACCUCGGUUUACGCCGUGAUUUUGACUGGAAAAGGACCCUAC